AUGGAUCAACUUGUUGCCCUCGUCGCGAUGGUUUCCAGCGGUGAGGAGACCGGCGCUGCCGCCGCCGCCUGGGAGACAGGCGCUGUCGCUGCCGCCAUGGAGAACCUCGCUACCGGAGAGGAGGGCGUCGUAGGAGAAGGAGCACAAUGUUUGCAGCCAGAACAUGCCCACCAGGGCGCUGAUGUUGACGCCGAUGAACAUGCUUUCAUCACGGUGGACGCCAGAAUGAAACCCAUGGUUGGAAUGACAUUUGAUACACUCACAGAUGUGGAGAAAUUUUACAAAUCCUAUGCACACGACGCUGGUUUCUCUGUUCGUGUUGGUCAGCACAAGAAGCAAAAUGAAGAAAUAAUAUUCAAGCGGUAUUAUUGUUCAAGGGAAGGAUAUAGACAGGAGAGCCAAAAAAAAGAUAUUGAUGAAUCCGGGAAAAAAAGGAAGUCAACAAAUAUGAUGGAAACCAGAUGUGGCUGUGAGGCACAUAUUGUUGUCAAGCUUGAAAGUGACAAGAAGUAUCGGAUAUCUUCAAUGGUUGAGGAGCACACCCAUGGUUUUGUAUCACCGGAUAAGAGGCAUUUGCUAAGAUCCAACCGUAAUGUUAGUGAGAGAGCAAAGAGCACUUUGUUCAGUUGUCAUAAGGCUAGUAUUGGCACCUCACAGGCAUAUCGACUUCUCCAUGUCAGUGAGGGUGGGUUUGAGAAUGUUGGGUGCACUAAGAGGGAUUUGCAAAACUAUUUCAGUGACCUCAGAAAAAAAAUCAAGGAUGCAGAUGCACAAAUGUUUGUGGCACAACUUGAGCGCAAAAAAGAAGUGAAUCCUGCCUUCUUUUAUGAUUUUAUGGUGGAUGAACAAGGACGACUUGUUCGUGUAUUUUGGGCAGACGCUACAUGCAGGAAAAAUUAUAGUCUUUUUGGUGAUGUGAUUUCAGUAGAUGCAACAUAUACCACCAACCAGUAUAACAUGAAAUUUGUGCCAUUUACUGGAGUGAAUCAUCACUUGCAAAGUGUUUUUCUUGGUGCAGCAUUCAUAGUAGAUGAGAAGAUUGAGUCAUAUGUAUGGUUAUUGGAGACCUUUCUUAAGGCCAUGGGUGGAGUAGCACCUCAUCUAAUCACAACGGAUGAAGAUGCAAGCAUGAUGGCUGCUAUUGCUAAGAUUCUACUAGAUUAUGACCUCCUAGAAAAUGAUUGGUUUUCCACAAGGGAAGUGUUAUUUGAUGACAAAGGUAACCUUUUAGAUGAGAAGCCUAAAGAUGCUAAGGAGUUGCUGCUCGACAUGUGCGUGUGCGCCACCGACGGGCUGAACAGGAGCCGCGUUCCUCGCGUAGGUGACGACGCGAUGACGUUCCUCCGCGUGUGA